AGGAGGCAAUAAUGAUAAUUAGUUGAAAGUUUGAGAGUUACUCAAGUUUCUCUAUCCUUAAUCACCCUCUGUCUUUAGGGGCUGAGAUUUAUGCCAUCUGCCUCUGCCAUGAUCAUUUUCAACCUGAGCAGUUACAAUCCAGGACCCUUCAUUCUGGUAGGGAUCCCAGGCCUGGAGCAAUUCCAUGUGUGGAUUGGAAUUCCCUUCUGUAUCAUCUACAUUGUAGCUGUUGUGGAAAACUGCAUCCUUCUCUACCUCAUUGUGGUGGAGCAUAGUCUUCAUGAACCCAUGUUCUUCUUUCUCUCCAUGCUGGCCAUGACUGACCUCAUCUUGUCCACAGCUGGUGUGCCUAAAACACUCAGUAUCUUUUGGCUAGGGGCUCGCGAAAUCACAUUCCCAGGAUGCCUUACACAAAUGUUCUUCCUUCACUAUAGCUUUGUCCUGGAUUCAGCCAUUCUGAUGGCCAUGGCAUUUGAUCGCUAUGUAGCUAUCUGUUCUCCCUUGAGAUAUACCACCAUCUUGACUCCCAAGACCAUCAUCAAGAGUGCUAUGGGCAUCUCCUUUCGAAGCUUCUGCAUCAUCCUGCCAGAUGUAUUCUUGCUGACACGCCUGCCUUUCUGCAGGACACACAACAUACCCCACACAUACUGUGAGCAUAUAGGUGUUGCCCGGCUCGCCUGUGCUGAUAUCUCCAUCAACAUCUGGUAUGGCUUUUGUGUUCCCAUCAUGACGGUCAUCUCAGAUGUGAUUCUCAUUGCUGUUUCCUACGCCCUCAUCCUCUGUGCUGUCUUUCGCCUUCCCUCCCAAGACGCCCGCCAGAAAGCCCUCGGCACUUGUGGUUCUCAUGCCUGUGUCAUCCUCAUGUUUUAUACACCUGCCUUUUUCUCCAUCCUUGCCCAUCGCUUUGGACACAAUGUCUCUUGCACCUUCCACAUCAUGUUUGCCAAUCUCUACAUUGUUAUCCCACCUGCACUCAACCCCAUGGUUUACGGAGUGAAGACCAAGCAGAUCAGAGAUAAGGUUAUACUUUUGUUUUCUAAGGGUACAGGAUGAUGUUUUACUAGGAUAAGUUUAUAGUGUACAGAAAUGUAGAAAGAGUGAAAUGGCAAAUGCUCUUUAAAGCAAGAACUACCUGAAGCUGCUUUCAUGUGCCAAGAAUGUGGCAUGAUCUGUAUGAAAAUGAUGGUCCUAUGUAUAAAAUAAAAUCCUUGAUGACCUCUUUGCUUGUGAAAUAGGGGGCUGUACAGAAUAUGAUCAGGAAGAAGGAGAUGAAAACGCAGAGCCAAAUUACUCUAAAUUGAAAAAGAGAUAAAAAUUUGGAAAUUGAGAUUUGCAGCUAUUAUAAGUGAGUUUGUUAAGUAAAACAGAAACACUGAGGAAGAGGGAAUGAAAGUAAAAAGAUCAGUGAGAAAUUUCUCAGUGAGAGGAUUACCAGGUGGAUAUUUAGGACAUUAAUGAUAACAUUUGAUUCUAAUUAUCUUCCUUUUAUGUUUCACUGUAAUUCCCUUUAAAUGUUUCCUCCCUAUACACACACAAUAUGAAAAAUUGAAGAGCCUUCAGUACAAGCCUGCUAAAAUAAUGUUAUAUCAGCAGUGCUAUGAAGGGAAUGAGUGAAUUAGCAUAUUGAUCAAUGAAUGGCAGGGUUGCUGGCUUUGGUGCUGGGAGAGGAGAGUCGGUUCUAGGCCCGAAGAUGCAUUGAGAAAGUGAGCUGCAGAGGUAGUACUGGGAGAACAUAACCCCUCAAAAUAGUUGGAGAUUUGAGUCAAGAGCUGGACUUCUCACAGUACACAGAUUAGACUUCUGUACAUUUAGAAACUAAAGUAAAAAUGGAACCAUACUAGUUAGAGGAUCUGUGGAACACUGUUCUAUAUACUGCAGUUCCUUGAUUGCAAGACACAUUUUUACAGUGAGGAGAGGGAAUGAGGAUGGGAAAACUACAAUAAAGUAACAUAUCCAUGGAAAAAUGCAUCCAAAUUUUGUAAGCAUUGGAACUGAGAAAAUACUGUAUGUUGAGAUCAAAGAAGGAAAUUAGAAGCAUAAUCAUAAACUGCUAUGAAAUGUAGAGUUGAUCUAUGCCAGUGGUUUCCGAGGUAAUCCUAAAGAGCUGGAUUCUGAGAGGUUGCUUUAAGGUGCAUCUCAAGGCCUAUGUGAAGGAAGUUUCUUGUCUUAUUUUUCCACAAUCACAGCAGAUCUGAUAUUAUCUAGUUUUGCUUGUGUAUCAAGCACUUAGGUAAGAUUCUACUUGAACGAUAAAGUUUCUCCAAUAAAUCCUGUUUUGAAAAUCAUCCAUUCUUUGGCUGUUAUUAAAAUGUGAAAAGAAAAACAGGUGCUGGUGAGGUUAUGGAGAAAAAGGAACACUUAUACAUUGAGAGUGGGAGUGUAAAUUAGUUCAACCAUUGUAGAAGACAGUGUGGCAAUUUCUCAAAGACCUAAAGACAGAAAUAUCAUUUGACCCAGCAAUCCCAUUACUGGGUAUAUACAAAGGAAUAUAAAUGGUUCUAUUAUAAAGACACAUGCAUGCAUAUGUUCAUUGCAUCAAUAUUUACAAUAGCAAAGACAUGGAAUCAACCCAAAUGCCCAUCAGUGUUACACUGGAUAAAAAAACGUGGUACAUAUACACCAUGGAACACUAUGCAGCCAUAAAAAACAAUGAGAUCAUGUCCUGUGCAGGAACAUGGAUGGAGCUGGAGGCCAUUAUCCUUAGCAAACUAACACAGGAACAGAAAACCAAAUACUGUAUGUUCUUACUUAUAAGUGGGAACUAAAUGAUGAGAACACAUGGACACAUAGAGGGGAACAACACACGCUGGGGCCUAUCAGAGGGUAGAGGAUGAGAGAAGGGAGAGGAUCAGGAAAAAUAACUAAUGGGUACUAGGCUUAAUAUCCGGGUGAUGAAAUAAUCUGUACAACAAACCCCCAUGACACAAGUUUACCUACGUAACAAACCUGCACAUGCAUCCUAGAACUUAAAAGCAAAAGUAA